AAAUUCGCAAUGGCGUCGACAAGGGGCUACUGACAUCAUUCUUAAAUCGACACCAUUUCGCGUAAUUUUCCAUUUCCAUUUUUUUUACUUCCUCACGAUUUCAUUAUCAUCCGCCAGGCGAAUACACGUGAAAUCAUCAUGGGCCGGAGUGAGAAGAAUUCUUUUUUCUCUCCGUAAUUUUCCCAUUGCUGUCGGUUUUAUUAUCAUCUACUGGGAAAAUAAAUGUGAAAUGAACCGUUGGUUGAUGGAAAAAUUGGAUUUUGAAAUUCUAGAAUCGCCUAUCAGUUGCCCAAUACUUUGCACAAUUCGAGUAAAGCCCCUUGAUUACGCAGGAUUUAACAGUGAUUUCGGAUUAAUUCCAUGGGAUUGCAGAAUGAAUUUUUUGAAUAUUGUUGAAUGGUCGUCAUGGGGCAGGUAAUGAAAAUGGAAGGGGAAACACCGUAGCGUUGGGCUUUGCGGCGUCGACCGGUGGGGUAGUCACUUCUCAGUCCUCAUGCAGUUAAGUCGUGUCUUCGAAAUCAACAAAUAAACCUUAAAAAUUAACAACAACAACGAUUCUUGGAUUUCCACAAAUGACAAACAACUCUGAAGCCCGAAAAAAGUGUUGCAGAAUCAUUGUGAUACCAAAGUGCUAGUGUUAAUUUUUUAAAAGUCAAUGAAAUCCAUCAAUUAAAAUCCCAAUCCCCGUAAUUAGUGUAAAAGUGAAUAAUUAUGGAGGAGAAUAAGCCAAAGGUAGAGUUUGAACUCGGGAGGGAAGUUUCCCCCGGGAAUUUCUUCAAAAGCUCAUUCGCGCGUUCAUUCGUGUCCAAUUGUCGUGAUAUGAAUUCCCUGGAUAGUGACUACACGGAUUUAAUGAAUGAUGAUAAUUCGGAGAAAAAUCUCUCCACCGAUACGAUAACGAGUAACAACAAUUACUUUUCGUUGAACAAUUUCGAGAGCCCAACGAAAAUCUUCGGCAGCAUCGACGCCUUCCCGACCAAAGAAUCACUGGUGAAUGAAGCUGAUGCCAGCGAGUUGAAUCACCUGCGUAAGCAAUGUCAGACACUGACAGAAGAGAACCAGAGGCUGCACAGUGUUCUCAAGACAAAUCAGGCACCGAGAAUUCAAGUAAUGGACAAUGUACUGCUCCAGACGCAGGUGGAUACCCUCAAGUGGCAGUUGAAACAGGCUGAAGCGAACCAACAGAUGUACAGAUCUCUCAUGCGUCAGGUUGCGCGUUUUCUGGACCGUACGAAAAAAAGUCUUGAUUAUGUUAAUGAAAAAAAUGCUAAUCGCAGCAAAGGCCCAUCAGCCCGUAGUAAUCGAUGUCAGAGUGUCUAUAUCGAUGAAACAUCGCCAAAUUCAUCUGCAGUAACAUCUCCAGUAACGAGCUCUCGAUUUACCCGUGCCAAAUCUGUAACGCAAAUUCCCACAAACAGCUAUUCGGGAUUGCGAGAAUUCACCUGGUCUGUACUUAGGAGGAAUGAUCCCGCCCAUUGUACACCACCGAGAGUUAAAAACGAUCUCAAGACCAAGGAGGAUCUCAAUAAGACACACGACGGUGUUGUUUAUAGACGACCCACUAAGGAUGGAGAUGCCGAUGAGGAUGAAGACCAUGUACCAACGGAGAAAUUAUCCCAGGAGGCAUUUAGAUUAAUGAGAACAGUGGAGUCUCUCCUAUCGAUGCGCCAUCCAGACCUCGCAAUUGUCUCCUCUUCCUCGUUCUCAUCGACCUUCUCCUCGGCAUCCUCUUCCUCGUGUGCCUCCUCCACCCACGAGCAUGCAAUUGACGACGACAACAACAACAUAGCCAGCCAAUUUCACAACGAUUCAAAGGGCGCCAACUCGACAUUAAUCAGCAACUGUUCAUUCAUCGACGAUGAAUUAUCCUUUGGAUCUCUCAACUCGACAUUUCUAAACGCCGAGUGCAAAACAAUUACAGAGAACGAGGUGAAAAUAAAUUCACCACUGAGUUCUAUUUCAAAGCAAUUGUUCAAGCAAACAGGAAGCUCAACGCCACGUCCCAAGUCUAAGAAAACAGUCAAAGAUGACAGGCUCACGACGCUCAAAGACGAUAAAACAAAUAAUGUUAAUUGUAGGGAUGAUGAGAGUGGAUUUUCAUCGAUGAAUUCGUUUCAGGAUGUCGGCCUACCCACUGUUCUCUCCCCGAUCAAGGGCUGUCACACGGAAAUCGGCCUGCCAAGAGUGCCAAUUGACAAAACAAAGCACAGGAGGUGGUCCUCAACUCCCGUUGAGCUCCAAACACUCCUCAAGAAAUACACUAAUGGAUUUUUACCCAAUCGGUCCAACGUCGAGUCGCUCAGUGUUUGGGUAUAAUUAUCCACGAUCAUGUGUUAAACCGUUGUCAUAACGAUUGUAAGAUAACAUUCAUUGAGACAAAUCGACGUUACUAUCAUAAGUGCUUUCGUAUCUGCCACGAUUAAAUUCUAAUUGUACUAUAAUUAUUUUUAAUAUACGCCUCUCAAUGUCCGCUCCAGUGAUUUCUACCGCCGUCAAUUUUGUAAAUUAUCAGUGAUCCUAUUUUUUUUUAUAAUAUUAUCUCGAGUGAAAACCUGAGGAUCACGACAAUAAAUGAAAGAAUAAAAGAAUGUUUUAGAGUAAA